AUGGGCAGUGAUGAGAGGAUAGGAAGAGUUAUAAUACUCGCAGAGAUAAAGGAGUUCAGGGAAUAUGUGCAGACCUUGAAGGAAUUCUUCAGCACUGGAAAACUUCUUAGAAGUAUGAAUAAUGUUAUACUAACAUUGAUCCCAAAAACCAGUCAUGCUGAAACAGUGGGAGAAUACAGACCCAUUGCCUAUUGUAAUACAGUACACAAGGUAAUCUCUAAAGUCAUAUGCAAUAGUCUAAGGUCCAUAAUUCCUGACAUUAUAGCUGACAAUCAAAGUGCUUUUAUUACUGGAAGAUCAAUUGUGCACAAUGUUCUGAGAUGUGAAGAUCUUGUGAAAUUAUAUAACAGGAAGAAUGCCACUAAAAGUUGUCUUCUUAAGAUAGAUUUGAAAAAGGCUUAUGACUCAGUGGAAUAG